AUGAAGGCCAUAAACCCAAAGAAUAAAGUUCUUGUAACCUAUGCAAAUAAUACAAGACCUUAUAAAACAUCCAAUGCUAUAUGCGACUAUUUGGAUUCAUUUGUUCAAGAACAUCUAUGUGAUAUAAAUAAUUAUGAGAAACACAGUAAAAAUCAGUUGGCAGCAAUGGAAAAUGGAGAAAAAAUAAACGAAGAUUUUAUUGACACACGAUUAGUACUAACACUACCGAAUAACAUUAAAGCUAUUUUCGAUUUUAUAAAACGAUCCACAAAUCUUGCAUAUCGAGCUAAAUGUUGGCCAAAGAUUUAUGAUGCUGCGAAAAUUUGUUGGAAUGCAACAUUAUUAUGCAGUUUGUUAUUGAGUAGACUGUCAGUAUGGUGCAAUAAAGCAAGCAUACAUAGAGAAGCAGAAGUAAAGGUUGAAGUAAACAUGAAAAUAUCUAGUAAGAGUUCACGUAAAGCAGUAAAUACAGAAGGAGAAAAAUAUUCAAUACAAGCACAAAAGUGUAAUGCUUCAGUUUUAGAAAUUCUACAUUAUUUGAAACAAUAUACAAAUCGUAGAGCAUUGGCCAAAAUAGCAUGGACUUGUUGGUUUAUGUCUGCUGACAAUAUUUUAGAUUUAUUUGAAGCCUCAUUAAAUCAAGAUGAGAUUGCAGUAAGAAAAUAUGAACAUGAUACCGACUAUCUCAAUGAGCAACCGGGAAAGUUUUGGCGACCGGAAAUGAUCAACAAUCAAUUCAACAUAGACUGGAACUGGUUACAUUGUUUUAUAUUGAAAACAUUAGAGAUAAUAUGUCGUGCAUCUAAAUGGGAAUCCCUUUGCUUUUUAGGAUUAAAAGCAGUAGGUAUACUUGGGAAACAUUGGGCACCAGGUAUUUUACCGUUUGUUAUAUUUGGACAAAAUCAAAUUAUGGAACGACUAAAGAAACAGAAGACAUUCAAUGCUACCAUGAAUGAUGUGAAUAAUAUUGAAGAAGGGAAUUCGGAUUUCAGUAAUCUUAGCAAUCGUUCACAGAUGCAAUUAUGCUCAGCUUUGUAUCACUACAAUUUUAUGCAGCCAAAAUCAGAAAAAACCUUCCAAGCAGAAAAUAAUGACUUUAUCAAUAGCUGCAAUACAAGCAUAUCUACUUAUUCACUAACAUCUAAACAAUUUUUAGAAUUUCUGAAUCAAUGUAAAACUUUUAAAAAAGCUACUUUUCCAUGGACAAAAAAUACUGUAAUUGAUACAACACAAAAGUCUAACUUCAAUUGGACAGAUAUUACACAGCAAAAGAGUGAAAAAAUAAAACCUGUACAGCCUAAAGUACGUAUGAACGGAUGGCUAAUACCGCAGAGUCAUUUAAAUGAUGACCAAUUCGUUUUGAAGACUAGAUCAAUGUCAGAAGAAGAACUGGCCCUAUGCAAUAUAUUCGUACCUUUAAACUCAAAAAUUACAGAAAGUGAGUUAAAAGAGGCCGAAUGUUUGCACUACUCUGGAAUUAUGAAUAAGAUAGAUCAAGCAAGAUUGUACCAGUCAAUUUUAGCAUAUCAAUUAUAUUUACUUACAAAUAAUGGAAGUAAUCAAAUGCAAUUAGAGAUCACUUCUAACAGAAGCUUUGUCACGAAGUUGGCGGAUCUGCAAAACAGUGUAUCCCAAUGGGAUCGAAAAAUUUUGUUUGUCACCAAUUCAACAGAACAUUCAAAAAGAAAAAUUCAUGAAAAUCUACUUGAUCAUACAAUAAAAUUUUAUAAUGAAUCUCUUGAUCUACUCACACCACACAACAGCACUUUACAGGAGAUGAUGAUUAGAUUCGAAAUGUUAAGAUUUUAUUUGAAAGUCGAUCAUAUAAAGCAGGCUACACAUCAAGCUUUAAUAAUCAUCAAUAUUUUAUUUGAACGAAAAGCCACACUUGAAAAUCUUGAUCUCGCAAUCAAUAUUUGUGAUUUCGAAAAUGUUAUGCAAAAGUAUUCGUUUAGAAUUAUUAAAAGAUUUGGUAUAUCGGGUUGUUUACUUGGUGCGCUAGUAAUGGGCUUAUUAAGCAAGCAUUCGCUUAUUUCGAAAAAUCAAGCAUGCAAAUGUCAAAUGAUCUGUGCAGCAUUAUUCAAAUCAAUACUACACGGUAGUUUACCAUGUGCAAAACGAGAUUUCGAUUAUUACAACAAUUCUAUACCGAUGGAAUCUUUGAGAAUUCUAAAACUGGAUGAGAUAUUUACCAAUUAUUGUUUCGAUUUAAACAAUGUGAUUGAUGUAUUGGACAAUACACUGAAUCAUCUAAUAACUCAUGAACAUUUUACAGAAGCAUUUCCAGUUGUCUACUUAUUUCACUAUAUUGGAAAAAGUCUAUUAAAAAAUACACAGCUUGAAAUAAAGGCAAAAUUAUUUCAAACCAAAUGUCUUAUUGGCCUUGGUGCAUUGAAACAAUCACUAGUGGAAUUAUGUACCAUUUUACAAGAACAAACUGACAACAGUGCUAUACAUGAGUCUUCUAAUUCCUUGGUAAAUUUUGACGACACAAAAAUUCAAGAUUACUUGAAUACAUUAUUAACACAUAAAUUGUCAGAACAAACAAUUCAUAAAUGGGGUUUUAGAUUAUUCUGUGAAAUACAAUUGAUUCGUGCAGAAGUCUGCUAUGAAAUUGCAAAACAUAUACCUUAUUUACCAAAGAAAUUGUUAGUUGAAAACCAAAUGUUAUCUUCAAUUCCUAAUCGAAAUCAGGUCAUGAAAUCAAGUGGCCGUAAAGCUAAAAAUCAAGAGCGAAAUAUUGUUCGUUUAUUAUAUGAAAUGGACAAUCAAAACUCAAAGCCUCACUUCAAUUUUCAAGCAAAUCUUAAGCAGUUACUUUUUAAAUGUGGAUCCGAUAUUUGCCAAAUAAUGAUAAACAAUAUUCGUGAUGAAAAUAGUUCGGAAAACUACAAAACAUCACAUCACAUUGGAAAUGUGACUCAAAAACAAAUAACCCAACAAAGUAUCUUAAAUCUAUGGUUUCAGUGUCGAGCUGAAUUGAUUCGUUGUCAAAUAAAGGAAGUUGAUGGUGGAAGGAUACUUAAGGAACUUACUGAAACAGAGAACGAUGAAACUCCGAAAGAAAAUGAUAAUUUAAAAUUGGCAUUCGAAGAAGUAAAAAUGUUUAAAUCAAAUGAAUACUGGAAUGAAUUUACUCUGCUUAACAAUCAACUUUUAUUUACUAGAAAUAAAUUAGGCAGUGAGAAAAUUGCCAACAAUCUGAUGGAGGAAAUCAGUUUAACAGGCAAAUGUAAUCAAUUGCUUGCUUAUGACAUUUUUCAUGAAAGUGAUUUAGUCGUGCAAGAAGUAUUUCGAAAUAUAUCAACAGUAAAUGAUGAUAGUUUAUUGAUUCAGUUGGAAGAAAGAUUGGAAAUAUUAUUGAAUUCACAGAAGGCACUUAUAAAAGAGCUCAAUGAUUGUGGUGAGAGUAUCGAAAACGCCUCAUUAUUUCAUGAUACAGUAGCUGAAAUCAGACUGCCAAUUCAUAAAAACUGGAAAAAUUUAAUUCAAAUUGGAUUAAGAGUUUCACUUAUUCUCUUGUCACUCGGAGAUAUCAAAUGCACACAUUCUGUAAAUGCACAGGCUAAAUACAUGAGAGAGAAUCAUCCUAACUGUAUCAGAAUAUUAGCCCUGUCAGCUUUGAGCGCUGGUGAAAUUUAUGAAGAAGCAUUAAGUGCUCUGAAAUUUUCACUAAAUAUAUUAAACCAACUUCCACCGAAUUAUCCAUGUUUGGAAUGUGAACUACUGUUUGUUAAAGGUCUCUUAGAAAUGCGAUUGUUCCUCGAAAAUAAAAUUGAUUGGCAAUUACCUUCUCAGAGUUGGCUACGUUCAAUUUGUAUUUCUGCAUAUGUUACAGGUGAUAAAUUAUUUCAACAUAAAACAGAGUUAAUGUUAGCUUAUUUUUGGCAACUGGUAUGUGUUCAACAGAAAUGUUCACAUUCAGUUAUUGAAAAUGUACCAAACCUGAUGGAUAAUAAAUCAAGAAUUUCUUUAAGGAGAAAACAAUCGGAGAUGAUAUUGCCAAAUGAAAUACCAAGAACCAAUGACUCCAAUGGUAAAUUUUCCCAAUCUGCUAAUUUAUGUAUCUGGAAUAUUUUGCUCAUGCUUGAUCAAUUCUUAUCCCAACGUAGACAGUAUUCAAAAUCAACAACUGAUUUUCUUCAUCCAACUGAGCUUAACAAUAAAAGAAAGUCAAUGAUGUUCAAGUUACGCAAAAGCGAAUCACCUAAACGUCCACAAUUAACAAGUAAUAAAGUCAUCGAAUGUGAUUGGUCAGUUAUGCAUCAGUUUGACUUAGUAGGCAAAAAGUGUCUGGAUUGCGUUAGAGUUAUUUCACCAAGUGAUGCUGAAUAUGAAUUGAUAAAUGUAAUACAAAAGUCAAAUCAUUUCGAUGAAUUAUUCGAUUAUGUGAAAAAUCAGGCUGUUGUCAGUGAAUGUUGGAAUUUUUUGUUUAAUCCAACUUCAAUGGUUUCUGAUGACAAUCAACUACCAAGUAAUCAAAAGCUGGAAUGGAAGAAGCUCGAAAAAAUUCAACUAAGUAUGGAUACGCUUAAAUUGUAUGAAUCAAUUUUAUAUGAAAAUGUGUUAAAUGUUAAACAGUUGUUUCAACAAAAUGAAAAGAAUAUCAAUGGUUCUUGUCUCAGCAAUUGUCAAGAUAGUCAGAAUGAAGAUUGCAUUAACAAAUUGUUGAUGCAGAAUUUAUUAAUCCCAGUCUCUCCAGUUCCCUACUAUUCACAAGAUGCAGAAUACUGGUUCCAACGAUUUACAUCACUUCAGGUUCACUUAUCUGAACUAAAUGCAUCUACUGAAACUGAAGCGUUUGACAAUUUAUCUAACGUUAUUAACAAUGCAUUUGAUUGGUUUAAUGAACAAACUCCAGAAAAUGAAAAUGCUAUCCGUCCAUACAUCUUGCCAUACAAUUUGAAUUUUGAAUUAAAAUCAUUUGUUAAAUUAAAAAGUGAACCUAGACGCGGAUUAAAUAAGUCCUCGAAGUAUUUAUUAAUACAAACAACGAAUAAUUUUGAAAGUGAUAAUAGCUUUCAUAAAUGCUUAUCAAUCCUUAUAGGUUGCUAUUCACCAAAAGCAAAAUUUGAAGGACAGCUCUAUCAACAACGCUUGGUUUUAUUCGAUAACGGUGAUGAGUUUUUCAAUACUAUAGAGCAGUUCAACAAAAUGGUGAUAAAAUACGGUGCAACCAGUAGUCUGUCAGAAAGAGAAAAGACAAAUUUAUAUAUCAAAAGUACAGCAUCAAAAUCUCCAUCUGUUAAAACAAAUGAGAAAUCGUUAGAUUCUGAGAAUAUGAAUCAAUCCGAUCUGGAAUUUCAGAAUGAAUUCAGUUCAUGGUUAGACAAGUUUGAUAAAAUUCUUCGAGCUGGGAAAAUUUUGCACAACGCUGAUCAGGAAAAUGGCAAAUCAAUAGAAUUUGCAUUUGCGGUUCCUAAUUUGACCAUACAACCAAUUCAACCAACGGAUGAAAUUUUCAACAGCCUAAAAGAAAUAAUUUCAUGGAGAUAUUUUGGUGGUUCAUUGAUACGAUCAAAGUUAAGCCAAUACAUCACAAAGUUAUAUCGUUUCAUUGAAUAAACACGAUGAAACAAUUCAUACUUUGAAUAACAUUUAGAAAAGAUAUUAACUAUA